CAUCGAGCGGCGACUGCGGCCUCCGGGCCCGUCGGCACUCCAGCUAAGCAUAACUAGCUUUCAUCACGCAUAUUUUGUCUAUAUAUGGAUUUUAGCGUUACUGUUGUUAUAUCAAUAUUAUCACCAAAUAAGGAAUUUGUUCAAUUUCAAACUUGCCAGAAUGUAUGUUGAAGAGUAUGCGCGUUGGGCGAUUAAUGACAACAAUGGCGACUAGCAAUGCGUACACCUCCAUCGGCUCUGAAGGAGUUUCAAAAUAACCACCCUAUUUGGAAGGUCAAACAGGAUACGAGAAAAGAUGUUUAAAACUAUUAAGGAUACCCUUGGUAUUACCUACCUCAGGGGUACAGGCCAAGGAGGUGGUGGAUGUAUUAGUGAGGGAGAAGUUUACAACACAGAUAAAGGACAGUUGUUUUUGAAAAGGAAUGCAAAUCCAAUGGCUCGACAAAUGUUUGAUGGGGAACUAGAAGGCCUCAAAGCCAUAAUUGACACUGGAACUGUAAGAGCUCCUGAGCCACAUCUUGUGAUAGACAACCCAGAUGGAGGUGCUGUUCUUGUCAUGGAGAGCCUGGAUAUGAAGAACAUUAAAAAUCACUCAGCUGCUUUGGGGGAGCAGGUGGCCAGAAUGCACCUGCAUAAUCUAGAAGAAAUUAAGAAAUAUGACAAUGGUAGUAGUCGUAUUGGUCAAAAUCAAGAUUGUGAACCAGUUAUGCAGUUUGGGUUUCCUGUUACUACCUGUUGUGGGUUUAUACCACAAGACAACACUUGGUGUGAUGAUUGGUUGAUGUUUUUUUCAAGAAAGCUUCAGUUGCAGUUUACCUUGAUAGAAAAAGAGUUUGGCAAUCAGGAGGUAAGAGAGCUCUGGUCAUUUUUACAACUGAAACUUCCACAGUUUUUCAAGGAUGCAGAAGUAAAACCAUCUUUACUCCAUGGUGACUUUUGGAGUGGAAAUGUGGCUGAGAUUACUGAUUGUCCAGUUAUAUUUGAUCCUGCUGCAUUCUAUGGCCAUUUCGAAUUUGAUUUAUCAAUUGCAAAGUUGCAUGGAGGUUUUGAUAAACAAUUCUGGGAAAGUUACUACAAUGUACUUCCGAGAGCUAAAGGAUGGAAUAAGAGAUACAAGGUGUACAAGCUCUUUGGUCUAUUACUUGAAUGUCUAGACAUAAGAGUCACUGAAAGUCUUAAGUGA